AGCCUCUGGUUGCCAAGCUCUUUCAAUAAACCGUUAAUUAAUUAUUAUUAUUAUUAUUAAGUUGGAUAUGUCCGUUUCGCUUUACGCUCUUCAUUUGUCGGAGUCGUUUUCAAUGUCACUAAAAUUAAAUCUCUAUCGUAAAAAAAAAAAUAGUUAUAUUAUUAUUAUUAGUGUUUUUUGUUGUUAUAAUAAGUGAUUAAGUGACUAUAGUGAUGGAUAAUAGAGUUGCGAUGUACUGGAUCUUACGAGGCUACUCAGUGUGUUGUGAGAGACUGACAUUAUAACCGCUGACAUCACUCGCUACACCUACACCUACUACUGCUACGUCACUCUUGUCAUGUUAUUGGUCAUCUAUUUGUGAUCUUAUUGGCCAGUUACUUCGUCUACUUGUGUUCUUAUUGGCCAACGACUUCACCAUGGAUCGCCCGCUUCCCCAUUCUACGAGCUGAUUGGGUUAAAGCAAAUAGCAACUACGCGUGAGCUGAUUGGCUGUGAAUUAAGACCACUUGUUGGCUCGAAUUAUUGGCUAGUUUAAGUGGUGGCGUGUGAUUGGUCGUCUCUUGGUGAUGGUGGGAGGUGAUUGGUGGAGGGAGAUGUUAUUCGCGUGUUGCCUUGGACACAGCAGUUGGAGUCCAUCAGGCGUGAACCAACAUGGCUACACCAGACCUGGCUGUCCUCCCUACGCCUGGGACCAUCCUCACCCACCACAG